AUGAGCUCAGCCACGUCCAGAUCCCCAUCAUGCUGAUGCCGGACGACUUCAAGGCCUAUUCUAAAAUUAAGGUGGACAAUCACCUAUUUAACAAAGAAAACAUGCCUAGCCACUUUAAAUUUAAAGAAUAUUGUCCCAUGGUCUUCCGAAAUCUAAGGGAAAGGUUUGGGAUUGAUGAUCAAGAUUUUCAGAACUCCCUGACCAGAUACGCCCCGUUGGCUAACGACUCUCAGGCUCGCAGCGGAGCUCGGUUUCACACUUCUUGUGACAAGAGGUAUAUCAUCAAAACUAUUACAAGUGAAGACGUGGCUGAGAUGCACAACAUACUAAAGAAAUACCACCAGUUCAUCGUGGAAUGCCAUGGAAACACUCUUCUCCCGCAAUUUUUGGGCAUGUACCGGCUAAACGUGGACGGCGUGGAGACGUAUAUGAUUGUCACGAGGAACGUGUUUAGCCAUCGGCUUUCUGUUUAUAGGAAAUACGACUUAAAGGGAUCCACUGUGGCACGGGAAGCCAGCGACAAAGAAAAGGCCAAAGAACUGCCAACAUACAAAGAUAAUGACUUCAUCAAUGAUGGUCAGAAAAUCUACAUUGAUGAGAACAACAAAAAGAUGUUCCGUGAGAAGCUAAAGAAGGAUGUAGAGUUUUUGUCCCAGUUGAAGCUUAUGGAUUACAGCCUCUUGGUGGGUAUCCACGAUGUGGAAAGAGCAGAGCAAGAGGAUGAAGAGAGUGAGGACAACGAUGGUGAAGAAGAAGGUGAAAGUGAUGGAAUGCAACCUAUUGGCACGCCACCAGACAGCCCUGGGAACACAUUAAACAGCACAAGGCCACUUCCUCCUGGAGAGUUUGACCCAACCAUUGAUGUGUAUGGAAUUAAAAGCCAUGAAAAUGGACCCAGGAAGGAAGUGUACUUCAUGGCCAUCAUUGAUAUUUUAACUCACUAUGAUGCGAAGAAGAAAGCAGCACACGCAGCAAAAACUGUUAAACAUGGGGCAGGUGCGGAGAUUUCCACUGUUAAUCCAGAACAGUAUUCUAAGCGCUUCUUGGACUUUAUUAACAACAUCCUGACGUAACGUCUUCUGACAUCAAGAGGGGACGAGACAUUGAUGCAAUAUGGGUGGAAAGACAGACAGACCGUGCUGUAACGUACACUCACCAUGCAAAGACCCCCUGGCGACUUGCAUCUUCUGGCAAAGAUGACGUGUGUGGGGAGAUUACUAAUAUCCGUCGCUUCCUGGCAUAGUCCUAGUUAUUUUUUACUUUUUUUCAUGUUUUAAUCGAAGAAGGAAAUUUGAAUCCGCUUUACAAAGUUGCACAAAUGCAAAAAAAAAUAAAUAUAUAUAUAUAAUAAACAGACGCAAGCCACGUAAAAUCAAUGGAUGGAGAGUACGGAAGCUACCAGUGAAAGGUGCAUGUGAAAUCGAUAUGAAGCCGUAAACUGUAGAUCAGUUUAUUUUUAUUUUUAUUCGUUUUUUUAUUUUAUUAGGUUGUUGAGUCAGUAUUCAUUGCAGAUAAUACUAAAGGAAAGAGAGAAGAUCUGCAAAACAUCACCGGGGCACAUGCAGGAACCUUGGUGGCGGAGUCAUGAGAUUCGGGAUGGGAGCUAAUGUUUUCUUCACAGACGAGACUGUCUUUUGGGAGCGUCGAUGCCAUAAUGACCGUUUACAUGAGUCUUGACACUUUUGCCACAAUUAUCCGCACUUCACGUUAACAGGGAUUGCAUUGACAUUUUUUCGGAAGUGUCGCCGUAUCCAUCCACUUAAAUGUUACCGAGAACCUAUUUGCUUGCAUAGUUUUAGACACGUACCAGUAACCUGUUGACUCUUCUAUAGCUUUCAAACAGGCGAGACCAUCCUGGAGAUCGAUGAGAACAACCGUUUACAUUUGUAACGCGAGGGCAUUUCACUUCAUGUUCUCCGUCUCUGACAUUCAUGUCUGUAUCCAGUACGUUCAGUAGACUUUUUAAAUUUAUGUGUUACGAAAAAAAUACAGCAUCGAACAAUGACGUGGAUUUGGUGUCCUGGCGAUUUUAAACAUCUUGAUAAGUUUGAAAUUUUUGUCCUUUUUAAAGGCUUGCAAGGUCACGGAUCCCAGAUUUCUGUUACAAUAUUACCAGUGAAAAUGAAUAAAACACUUGAAAGCGUAUAAAAAACCCUUUA